GGAAGUUCAGAUUUUCGGAAGAACGUUUACAAGAGGGAAAUUUUCAAAUCGAGAAGAGGCGCUCGUGAGAACAGCGGAGAGGGUGUUCACAAAACAAACAAUGCAAAGACCGGGCAAAGGGAAGACUCCUCGGAGGCCUGGGCCAAAGAAGGCGUCCAACACAGAGAGAGAUCCUGUGGGAGUGUACUGCCGUAUACGGCCCCUUGGAUCAGAGGAUGAGGAAUGCUGUGUUGAGAUGAUCAGCAGCACCACCAUUCAGCUGCAUGCUCCUGAUGGUCUUAAAGCUAACCGAAAUGGGGAAUACAAGGAGACACAGUACUCCUUUAAGAAAGUAUUCGGUAUUAACACCACUCAGUUGGAGUUGUUUGAGGAUGUUGCCAAGCCACUGGUAGAGGAUCUAAUUCACUGUAAAAAUGGUCUGUUGUUUACGUAUGGUGUUACUGGAAGUGGUAAGACCUUCACUAUGACUGGCUCACCUGGGGAAGGUGGUCUUCUCCCCCGUUCUCUAGACAUGAUCUUCAACAGCAUUGGACCCUUUCAGGCUAAAAGAUUUGUGUUCAAACCAGAUGAUAAAAAUGGCAUGGAGAUCCAGAGUCAAGUUGAUGCUCUCCUCGAGAGGCAGAAGCGAGACAGUCAGCAGGCAGUGCCCAAAACGCCAUCUUCUAGGCAGAAGCCUGACCCUGAAUUUGCAGAUAUGAUCAGUCCAGAUGAGGCCUGUAAAUCGGAGAAUGUGGAUGAAGACGGUUGUUACGGUGUGUUUGUUUCCUACAUUGAGAUCUACAACAACUACAUCUACGAUCUCCUUGAAGAUGCUCCGUAUGACCCGAUCAGACCAAAGUGGCUCGGUGGAAGCACGCCUGUGCGGAGCAAUGAGUAUGUACCACCUCAAUCUAAGAUUCUACGAGAAGAUCAGAAUCAUAACAUGUAUGUGGCUGGCUGCACGGAGGUGGAGGUAAAAUCAACAGAGGAAGCUUUUGAAGUCUUCUGGAAGGGUCAAAAGAAAAGGAGGAUAGCCAACACUCAGCUCAACCGUGAAUCCAGCCGCUCCCACAGUGUCUUCACAAUAAAACUGGCCCAGGCACCGCUAGAUGCUGAUGGGGAUCACAUACUACAGGACAAAAACCAGGUGAAUGUGAGCCAGCUGUGUCUGGUUGACCUGGCCGGCAGUGAGCGCACUAACAGGACCAGAGCAGAGGGAAGCCGUCUCCGUGAAGCGGGAAAUAUUAACCAGUCCCUGAUGACGCUGCGCACAUGUAUUGAAGUCCUGCGUGAAAAUCAGAUGUGUGGAACUAAUAAGAUGGUGCCAUACAGAGACUCCAAAGUUACCCAUCUAUUUAAAAACUACUUUGAUGGGGAGGGAAAAGUCAGGAUGAUUGUUUGUGUCAACCCAAAUGCUGAUGACUAUGAAGAAACUGUGUUGGUGAUGCGCUUUGCAGAAAUGACCCAAGAGGUAGAAGUGGCACGGCCGGUUGACCGUCCAAUAUGUGGCCUUGCUCCUGGACGCAGGCACAGAAACCAGGCUUUCAGAGACGAGCUCUCACGUCGUCUGGAAGAACGAGGAGGGCCCAGCAAUGCUGAUGACCGAGUUCUGAUGACUCAGCUUAUAGAAAGCCUUCCAGAUUUACCUACUUGCGAGCUGGUCGACCCAGCUGAUGACCAGACGCUGCCCCGCAUGAUUGAGGUCCUGGAAAGGAGGCAUCAAAUCCGACAGAUGAUGACAGAACAAUUCAAUAAAACUGCUAAUACAGUGAAAUCCAUGCUGCAGCAGUUUGACAGCCAGCUCAGUGCAAAGGAUUACUUCCUUCACGAUCAACAGAGCAAACUGAAUGAAAAAGACAAAGUCAUUCUCAGUCAGAAGACGGAGAUAGAACGACUGGAGAAAAAGUCCAAAACGUUGGAGUAUAAGAUCGAUAUCCUGCAGAAGACGACGGACAUGUACGAGCAGGACAAACGUGCACUUCAGCAGGAGCUGGAGACCCGGGAGCACAGGCUACAGAGCGAGCUGUCAGAGAGGAAGCGCAUGGAGCAGCGCAUGCAGGGCGCGGUGACGGACACCAGACUCAAGUGGGAGAAGGAGUGUGAGAGACGGGUGAACGCAAAGCAGCUGGAGAUGCAGAACAAGCUGUGGGUAAAGGAUGAGAAGCUGAAGCAGCUGAAGGCCAUAGUGACGGAGAGCAGCAGCGGUGGCAGCGCUCCCACUGAGCGUCCAGAGAAGCCCGAGAGGCCCUCAAGGGAGAGAGAUCGAAACAUCCAACAGAAGAGGUCUCCCUCUCCAUCACCACUUCCUGAUUUCAGCCAAACUCCUUCCCACCAAAAUAAAGCCAGAGUUAGGGUGUUUCAGGACUCCACCUCCACACCAUCCUCCUCUGACUAUUCUUCAGUAGCCUCCAGCAUCUCUAGGUGGGAGCAGAGGUUCCCUGUAGAUUCAGGCAGCCAGAAUAGGUUCACCGGGACUCCCCAAUGCAGGAGCCGGACUCCGGCCACAUGCCACAGCACCAGCAGUGUUGGUCACAGGAGAGGCCAGCGCAGGGCCCCAGGCACUGAGGUCCCUGCCACCACUCUUGUCUAUGGACUAGACCUAGAGGCAGGCACAAGGAAGGCUCUUCCAGUUCAUCCAAAACACAGGCGUUCACACUCUGCCGGUGGGGAGAAAUGGGUAGACCACAAACCACCUUCUAAUUUGGAGUUAGACACUGUAAUGCAGCCAAUCAUACCCAAUGCAAUCAAGGUGUCCACCCCAAGCGAGAAGGCUCUGUCUAAAUGCCACAAGUAUGUGCUUAGACAUCAAGAGCUUGCCUCUGACGGGGAGAUCGAAACCAAACUGAUUAAGGGUGAUGUGUUUAAGACCAGAAGUGGCGGACAAGCUGUGCAAUUUACAGACAUUGAGACGCUCAAACAAGUGUGCCCGUUAGCACCAAGUCGCAAAAGGCGAUCAGGAUCUGCAGAAGGACCAGCUGAAGUGGAGGACAUAGAAAACAGGGCUCCAGCAGCUAGCACAAAUUCAUCCCAUGGGUAUCAAAAACGCAGAAAGCCUUAAAUUGCCCUCAAAAUUUUCAUCUUGCUUUUAACAUACAAGAAUGGGUAAUUGUGAGGAAAUUGAAGGGAAACUAUGCAUCUUUUGGAUACCAAGUUGGGUCUUUUUGUUUGUUUUUGUUUUUUUAAUUCUAUCAAAUCAUAUUAGGAAUUAUUAUGGUGGAAUUAUCAUUUUUUCAGAACAAGAGCAAUAUUUAAGUUGUAAUUGCUGUAUUUGUGUUACUUUUUGAAUUCUGGAAAUAUUUCUCCUUAAAAAUGUGAACAAACUUAUAAACACUCUAUAAAUGGAACCUUUUAUGCUUUUGAAUGCUUUGUACUAUCCAAAGACGACCACAUGUCUCUAUAGACCUGUUGUGCUUUUUUUUUUUUUUUUUU